GCAUGUCAUUAAUCCCUCAGUACUUGGAUUGUUCGCGCAGCGGAAAUGCAUUGCCCUUUACCUCCGAGUCUUCAGUGUAAAUUCGGACUUUUAGCUUGGUAAUGCUGGCAGAACAUGCAUAUCGCGAUGGGUGUUUCACCGUUCCACCGAAGUUCAACUUCAAAAUAUUGCCAGCGAGAAGCCGCAAAGUGACAGUGAUUUCUUUCGUGGGUGAAUGUGAUACGAUUCUGGGGGAUAGGUCUUCAUUAAAUAUCAACAAUUACCCUGACCACUACCAGAAGUUGGACAUUUCAGGGCCACACAUUGAUGGUUUCUAUGACUGUGAGCGACAAAUCAUCUAUCUGAUCCUCAACUCCAUCAACCUGGAAGACCUAGUUCAGGCAGUCAAUGACCACCGCACUCAUAUUGAGGAUUUUCUGGUUUCCAGUGACCAUGUCACCCUCAAACUACUCUACUACUUGUUCACAGUUUCUCACUUCAUCGUCGUCACCUCUGUGGGUCUCGGAUUGGAUGUCAACUACAUAAAGACAUUUAAAACUUUGGACAAGAUGAGGUUAAAAAUGCGACAUUUGAUGGAUAGCUACCUGCGUAACUUGCCCGUGCCCCGUGAUUGGCUCAACACAGGCCGCGCUUCUCUUACGAAGCUGCUAUUCGUUUUCAAGCUCCUCCCAGCUAUGGCCAGAAAGCUGUCAAAGGAUGUUGGCGCAGUGAGAACUUUGGAGCAAAAUUUAGUGAAUCAGAUUUUUAACACGUUCUACGAAACCGGUUUAAUAAGCAAUAAUCCGGGAAACCAGUUGUUUACUCUUCCCGGUCACAAUUUUGUUCACGUUCUUCUCGGAAAUGAAUAUCCUACUGGAAUUGGACAAAAGCCUGUGGUCCAUGAUAGCCUUGCGCAGGAGUACCUGGAAUUGAUUCUGCACAAUGUGGGCGCCAAUGAGUACAACACGAAACAAGCAAAAAGCUAUUUCGAUGGUCUCCUUCCGCCUCUUACCACGGAUAGCUUGCUUCCGCCUCCACCUUCACCUUGGGAUUAUCCGCCACCUGAUCAACCGGAGGAGCACACGCUGUCCGCUUUCCUCCAUUUGCAUGUGGCCAAUAAUUUGGACCAACUAGCCAAUAGAGCCACUGGAUUCAACCAAGCUCCACUGGUCUACGAGCUACCGACUUGCAAAGCCUGGUUCAUGGCAUGCUACAAGCUGUACACCAGCCUGAUGUCAGAUGAUGCGUUUGGUGCUGACCCGACCCCUGAUUUGGCUGCGGAUCAGACCGAAGGAAGGCCUCCGGCACCCACCACACUUGCUCAGCUUUGGCAACGUUCCCUUCUCUCUGUACUAUCGUCCUCCACUGUUCGCUCGUCCACUUUGCCGGGCUCAUUGGAACAAGAUUUCGGAGACAAGGAGAGGAGGCUUGCAUCUGAUCAAGCUUACCUGACCGACCCAUUGUAUCGACUGUCCGAACUCGGUUGCAGGAAUGCACUGAGUACCGCCGAGGCCCAUUACAAGAAGGAUUUGCCAAUGCACUACUCCAACACCUAUCACUUAGUUAAGGUGGUCUCUGCGUUCAAUCUCUUCAUCAGCCUCGCUCGUGGCCGUCUUGUGUUUCCCACCUUGGCGCAGUUAUCCAAACGGUUAGCUCAUCUCUACCUUGCCGGCCGGGUCACUUGCUCAGCCGUCUCACUUACCGGCCGCCUGUGUCAACACGAACUGCAUCGUUUGCCUGAUGAGACGCUGAACCUUCAAUCCCUACUCGCAGCAGCAGCCAGCUCACCGGGUGAAAUGAUGAAAUCCCACUCGCUACUACUGCACCAGGGACAAUACGUGGCUCCAAGCGGCGCUCACGAAUGGAAGUCCAGGCUUGAUAAUCUGGUUCCCCAUGAUCUCGUGGGUAAAUGGCGAAGGUACUGGUUAGAGUCCCUUGCGAAUGAAACAGUGUCCACGACCCCGCCGGCGAAGGUGUCCAGCUUCGGUGACGGGAAAAAUUCACAUACCGAAGGGACAACGCACUCAGGCGGCGCCACGUCUCAAGCGGAUGAGACCAAACAGCACCUAACCGUGAUGCCUCAUCGGUCUAACUGGGUUUUGGUCAGCGCUUGCGGUUGCGGUCGACAACAGGCUGAACGAGCCGAUCCGUUCGACGUCAAGGAGGCAAACUGGCGCUUCUACUUUGUCUUGGCCAACAUGUGCUGCAACAAGCUCACAAGCAUCGCUUUGGUUCCACAAUUCCUCUGCGAGUCUAGUCACCACCCAUUCUGUCCACCAUGUGAGUUCGAAUCAACGCAGCCAGAGUUGCCCGUGUCCGACAAGGUCGGACAAGGUGCGCCCGUCGAAGUCGGUUUUGUGGACACUGGGACGAAACCGGUAGCUGUGCUCACUAGACGCAUGGCUUCCUUGGGGGUCCGAUUGGAAGGUGAUGGUGACUCGGAGAAGCCACUUUCUUCUCGUGACUCACUGACGGCGAAUCAACAGGAGCCGGUCGGUGCAGGCCUAUCACAGCCAGAAGAGAAUGACUUUCUGAUGCUUCCCGCCACCUCAGUGCUAGGUAAUGACAAAGACGUCGACGAAACGGCGGUUUUCGGUGUACCGGCGGAAGAUUCAAUUGCCUCAGAAGAUUCCACCCCUUUAUCUACUUCUGCUGAAUCGAGUUCUAUGUCUGGGGAAAAGUUUUCCAACAGUGAUGCAGACGAUGAUGAGGAUCGAGUUUUGGCGGGAAGACGACGCGCGGCAAAUCGCUUAAUUCCAUCCAAGAGUAGGACAGCGUCGCGAAACACAGAGGCUUCAUCGCCGGAACGCAGUCAACCCGUUUCGUACACUGUUCGAUUCAAAGAUGGCGUUCCUGCGUCCAACUGGCUGAUUGGUGAAGUUCCACGUUAUCCUUCCUGGUCAAUCUACGCUUUGGGAAAAUAUUUCAGCUAUUCCCAUUCCUCAGGUCUGUCAUGCAGGGGAUUCCUGCGAAACAGCAAUUUCCUCCUUCCUUGGGAUGUAGUGAUCGAUGCCAGUUCCCGCUCAAUGUAUGAACGCGGAGCACGAGGAGGAAAGUUGUUAGGUCGCGGUUCCAGAUUCCGUUCAAACAAAACAGAUUCCGAUACCGUCAAGCUUUUCAUUGGGUUCGAAAUGGAGUGUCCGCUGGGACACCGAUUCUUCUUAGCUGGUCCCGACCGACCAAUGGACGGUCCAAUGCAAAGCAGUCAAGUGCGGCGAGCUGUCCAUGGGCUGCUAACGCGCAACUUGCCCCUAUUCAUGCCCUGCCGCUGUCAGAGUUCCCAAUCAACCCCUUUGUUCCCUAAACGAUCAGAUGCUGCGCCUCCCAAGAGAGACGUGUUGACUGACUGGCAUACCGGAGCAUCUGCCACUGGCACCACCGCCGAGCGCGCACCAAUUUGGGCCCAACUGAUGCGUAUUUAUCUAGCCAUCCCCGCUGCUCCCAUUCGCGUCCGUUUCCAACCUCGUGUUCGACCUGGACCAGCCAAAUCAACCCCCGUGUUUCAUCUCGGUCACACAUUGGACCAGUGUGAGGAGGGACUGACGGAGGCCCCCUCAGACACGGAUAAUGAAGGUACUGCAAGCGACGACGACGAAGACGAUGAGAGUAUCGGCUUCACAGACAACAAGAAACUUGCAUAUCGAAAACCCCUGUUCAGGUCAUCCGCUUCCGCUGGUGCUCGAGGACGGCAGACUCCAGGGUUUGUGUCACUUGACAAUGGAUUUCUCUGGGUAAUGCGACUACCAUUCGCUUACCAUGACGGCACGCAUUUAUACCCCAGGCCAACCAGUCAGUCGGAAAUGAAAGAUUGGUGCUUGCUGAGGGGGUGUAUAAAACUAUAGACAUACGCUGUCUUUCUUAACAUCUGUAUGUAUAGUGUUCGAUAUUUUUGCUUUCAAAUAAAUAUUUCAUUAACCCCU